AUGUUACUUCCCCCAGAAAUAUUACAAGCGAUAUUUGAAGAACUUGAUGAACCUUCUUUAUAUUCAUCAGUACUGGUCAGUCGAGAUUGGUGUCAAAGUGCUAUUUCCAUCCUUUGGGCUAAUCCUUUAGAAUUUGCCUAUAAUAAUCGAAAUCAAGUAUACUAUGACAAGAUUGCAUCUAUUCUUUCAACUUAUAUUUCUUCACUUCCCAACGAAUCAAGACAAAAGUUGAUCGAUGCUUAUAUAGCAAGGCCGGUCGAUUUUUCAAAUAUCAGUUUAAUGUUUAAUUAUCCUCAAUUUUUACAAAAUUUAAACUAUAUAUUAUUACAAGAUUCAAUUGAAAAAAUUUUGGAUAGACAACACGAUGGACAUGAAAAUGAUAGAAUUAAAUUGGUUUCCGAUGAACUACUCAAGAUGUUCCUUAAUCAAGAUUCACAUCUAAAAUCUCUUGAUUUUAGUUAUCAAAAGUUAUCUGGAAUUAUUAUUUCUCAUUUAGAUAAGAGGAUUAUUGAUUUUCCUUUAGAAAUCAAUUUGGCCAAUUUGCCUAGUAUUAUAACGGGUCUUUCAAGACUCCAGAAAUUUAGUUGUAAAGGCACUACGCCAUCUAGAUUUCUUUCUUCAUUAGCAGCAGUCACAUUAGAACUUCAAAGUUUAAAUAUUUACGAUGGUGAAGAUUCACAUGGAAUGAUUAAUCUCAUCAAUGCACAAAAAACCCUUAAAGAAAUCGAUAUUCAUAUAUGUCGGGAUAUUCCAAGAAUAAUUUCAGUACUUAAUAAUAAAGCUAAAACUUUUCAAAAAUUUGCUUUAAGUGCUCGUAAUGCAUAUAUUUCUAUUGGACUUCCAUCACUUUCUGAUUGUUUAGAAAUAUUAUGUAAUUCACCAGAUCUUGAAGAAUUAACUUUAAUUUUUCCACGAGGUGCCCUUGCACAAGCACAAUGGUUGAUUCGACGACAUGCUGCACAAAUGCGGCUAAGGUUACAACAGCAACAAGCAAGAACAUUACAAUUUUUGAAUCAAACAAUCCGAGCACAUAGACAAAACUUCCCUCAUCAAAGAACUGCAUCUCAUCAAAGACGAAACCGAACGACGGCGCAGAUUCCUCAAGGACAUACACAAAAUCCGGUUCUUAUAACUAGUCCAAGACCUUUACCUAUACGAACUACUCAAAAUCAACCGACUAAUCGUCAAUUAAAUUCAUUUGCUACACAACCACCACGUCAGAUCCUUUUUACAAAUUCUGGUCCACAAAAACUUCGAAAGCUAUUGAUUACAUAUCAUUUGCCGCAUUACAUUCAAUCAUUUGUGUCAUUAAUUCAAAACACAAAAGGAAGUCUUGAAGUUAUCAAAUUGGAUAUUUCAAAUGCUUUGGAUCAAACCUAUUAUACAACUUUAUUUUCAUCAAUUGUGAACAAUUGUCCAAAUUUGACAUUUAUUCAUUUGUAUAUUCCUAACGAAUCUCUUCUUGAACUCUCACAAUUAUUUAGAAACUGUUUAAAAUUGGAAGAUAUUCACUUAUUUGGUGAUCAAAAUAAUUCAAUUGAUAUUAGCCCAUUCCUUGAAGAAAUGAGCCCUAUAGUACCUACUGGUUUAAGAAAAUUAGAGUUUGGAAUAUCUUGGAAUUACUCGGUAGAUGCGAUUAAAUCCUUUUUAGGUGCUUGCAUGAAUAGGUUAAAAUUUAAACCAUGCAAAUUUUAUCAUGGAGAUUUGUCUGAUGAAAUUGAUGGUUUAAUUCAAUUUUAUCAUUUAACUGGGGUUAUUCAACCUGAAAGAAGGUUUUAUUGA